CUGUAGCGUAGCACAGCUACAGAUCUGAUUUAACAAGACUUAACCGCGGUCCGGGAGCGAACUCGAACCAAGCUUGAAGAUGGACGUAGGACAGAGCAAUGACGUCAGAAAUGAAACGAAGCAUGUGAAAGCCAGCACACCAAAAGUCGACAGAUCUUCACGAGAGAAUAGUAGCUAGUUCUCUUGGGAAGCGAAUAGCUGCAAGCGAAGAAAAAUAAAAGUUGCCAUUAUGGAAGACCCUCAGUCUGAAAUUGUGGAAGUCAUUUCUCUGCUCACUCAAUCGCCUCCUAGUACUCAACUUGCUACGCUCGAACGCUACUUUACCCCGACUGCAAAAUUCACGCAUCCUUUCGUACGCACCGGCAGCUGGGACUUGGGCAAUGGCUUCACGAGUCGUUGGGCGAUUUCGCAGAUUUACCGAUGGUACAAGAUCAUGUCUCCGCGUGUCGUCGGUCACGUUACAUCCAUAGCGUACGAUAAGCCCAACGAAAUUCUCUACGCUGGCUUCGAGCAGACUUUCUGGAUCUAUCCCCUCUCUGUGCUUGGGUAUCGAGCAAACGUGGAGCUGACGGUGAAGCUACGUCUGCACCACAACAAACAGGAUGGCAAAUACUAUAUCGAGAGCCAAGAGGACUUGUAUCAAACCACGGAAUUCGCCAAGUUUGCGUGGCUCGGCAUAUGGAGGCUCGUGUGGAUUUGGCAGGCGAUAUCGACAAUUUUUUGCAUCUUGUUGGCCUAUGUAGGGACACCCGUUUCUUGGGUAGAAGAGCGCUGGCAGAUUGGCCAGGUAACGGAUUCAACGGAACGCUCUGAUCAGACUGUGAAGCAGGAUAUCAAUUCCAAGAGUGUCAAAAACGGCAAUGAAAAAGGGGAAUAAUGGGACUGCGAAUUCGAAUUUCAAGAUGUAAAAUAAAGUUUCUAUUGCCUAGCUUCUGUAUAUCUCUAAAUCGUACAUGCGAACGCGCUUUAUGCUCGAAGCCUUUUCAAACAGAG